AUGUUCCGUCCAGUCCUGAGACAAGCUACGAGAAGCGGCUCGGCAUUCCGCCCUGCUGCUGUCCGCUCUUUCGCCUCGGCAUCGGGCCCUACCUUCAACUGGCAAGACCCUCUUGCCUCGAAGAAUCUCCUCACAGAGGAGGAGAUUGCCAUUGCCGAGACGGCCGAGAGGUAUUGCCAAGAGCGCAUGCUCCCCCGAGUUUUACAGGCCUACCGCGAUGAACACUACGACCCUAAGAUUCUCGAAGAAAUGGGCGAGCUCGGUCUGCUCGGCGCCACCAUCCAGGGAUACGGUUGCGCCGGUGUGUCGAGCGUCGCCAGCGGCCUCAUCACACGCGCGGUGGAGCGAGUGGACAGCGGCUACCGCUCUGGCAUGUCGGUGCAGUCGUCGCUGGUCAUGGGCGGCAUCAACGAGUUCGGCACGGCCGAGCAAAAAGAGCGCUUCCUGCCCGAGAUGGCCAAGGGCAAGCUCCUCGGCGCCUUCGGCUUGACGGAGCCCAACCACGGUAGCGACCCCGGCAGCAUGGAGGCCGUCGCACGCCCGCACCCGACCAAGAAGGGCGUCUACCUGCUGAGCGGCGCCAAGACAUGGAUCACAAAUAGCCCGAUUGCCGACGUCCUGAUGGUCUGGGCCAAGCUGGAGGAAACGGGCAAAAUACGCGGCUUCCUGGUGGAGCGCAAGGACUGCCCAGCGGGCACGCUCGCGACGCCGGCAAUCAAGGACAAGAACGGCCUGCGCGCCUCCAUCACGGGCAUGAUUCAGCUUGAUGACUGUCCGGUGCCGGUGGAGAACAUGUUCCCCGACAUUGAGGGCCUGCGCGGGCCCUUUUCGUGCCUCAACAACGCCCGCUACGGCAUCGCGUUUGGCAUCAUGGGCGCGCUGGAGGACUGCAUCGCGCGCGCGCGCACGUACGCGCUGGAGCGCAAGCAGUUCAAGGGGAACCCGCUCGCGCGAUACCAGCUGAUCCAGAAGAAGCUGGCCGACGCCACGACGGACGCUGCUUACGGCACGCUCGCGGCCAUCCAGGUCGGUCGCCUCAAGGACGAGGGCAAGGCGACGCCCGAGAUGAUUAGCAUGGUCAAGAGGACCAACUGCGAUGCAGCGCUGCGCAACGCCCGCAUCCUGCAGGAGAUCUUCGGCGGCAACGCCGUUUCGGACGAGUACGGCAUUGGCCGCCACGUUGCGAACCUGUUUGUCACGCAAACGUACGAGGGCCAGAGUGAUAUCCAUAGUCUUAUUCUGGGAAGAGCCAUCACUGGCAUCCAGGCCUUUGUUUAA